UCAAUACCAAAUUAGCAUUUCCAUUGCUCUAUGUCUGUUUUUGAACAGCUUCAGUAAGCAACUUCAGAUUCCUCCUGUUUUACUGUAGAGUUUCUCUUUAGUAUGUUCCUCUCCAUACAGAGUGACCUUAAUCUGUCUGAAUGCCAGGGGAGCAAUCACCAUCUGCUGAACACUUGUCAAAUGAACUAGUGACCUACACUGAUGUAAUACCCUGCAACACCUGUGAACUGCUCAACCGUAGCCACCCGGCCAUGGAGUGACAUGGAGCAACAAGCAUCCGCAGCAGCUUGAAAGAAACUGGGUCGCUUUUUUAUAUACUUUAAAAAUAAAAUAUGAAGCAAAAUUCCUUUUGAUGGCUGUGAAGGUGGAAGUAAUUUCAAGCCUUUCUUAAGCAGACUCGUAACUGUUAAUUCACAGAAAUGAAUACUGAAAUACUAGUCUGUUACCCAUUCAGUGCUUCAACCACAUAAAAGAAGGCACCUGGACUCAGAAGACUGACGUUCUGCUUGGUUUUCUCAAGUUGGAUAUUCUGGUAUUUCUGAUGCAUCUUGAAUAUGUAGAAGCAGGAAAACUUGUCUCAGUGAAUAAAAGCAACAGCACUGAAAGGAGACAGAUGGUGUAUGUUACUGAAAAUGAACUACAGUUUGUUGUUCCCAAAGAGAGAGAUUCCUGCAAGGUAGAAGUGGUUUUAAAUGAGCUGGUGACGCACAAAGUUGGAAAGCUUGUACCUCAGUUUGUUAGUGCCAUGUGUCUUAAUAGAAGCUGGCUGACACUUCUUGCCCAAAGAAGUCAAGUCUACUCACAGUGGCUGACCACGGUUGGAAGAAGAGAGGGUGAGGCUGAGAAUUUACAGAUUGUUGAUAAUGAUAACCUGGAUGCUCUCCAGCCCUUGGUGUUGCAAGAUCGCCAACAUGGAUGGAUCACAGUGCAGGGAGGCAAAAGCUUCAAGUGCACAGUUAAAAACAUCAAGGAUGCAGUUGUCUGUUACAAGCAUGAUGAUAGUGACAUAACCAAGGAUUACACUGUUUUAAGAAUAUUCGAUGGAAGGCACAGUCUUGGGCACGAGUCUCCUAUUAACCUCCUGCCUAAAGAUGACAGCCCUCCAUUCCUGGUGAUCAGUAUCAACUUCAAGCCUGCAGAAGGGGAGAUGGUCCUUGCUGAAAAACAUGUGUUGAUGUCUUCUGAUUUUGAUUCAAGUGAUGAUUAUAUGCUCUUCAAAAUAAUCAAGCCAAUGAGUGCUGGAGAGGUUAUCAGGAAAUCCAUUCCAGAUGGGCCAGGUAUCCUUGUAUCAAAAUUCUUGCAAAGGGAUCUCCUCUAUGGCCUAGUUUUGUUAUCAUCGUUUUGGAGAGGAGAUUUUUCAGGACUCAUCUCAGCUCAUUUUAUAUGAUAGUUAAGAACCUCCUAAUCUUUUAGACACUCAAGUAAGUACAGCCCUAUUCUUAAAGUUAACAUAACCUUCAACAGAGAUGAAGACCCUGAAGAAGAAUAUUGCAUAGCAGGAAAUUGUGCAG